AUGGGCUGCCGCCCUUCCCAGCCUGCUGGAGACCGGAGCCGCGUCCCCGCGCCCAAGAAGAGCUGGGAAGAGGAAUUCAAGGCUGAGGUCGCUGCAACUCAUUCCAGGGAGAAUUGCAGCCCCCACGUGGAAGCUGCACUACCCAAGGGUACUGUGGAUAAUGCAGAGGACCUAAAGCCAGCCCAGAUGGGAAACUUACCCGGAACUAUUCCAGAAAGUUCUCCAUCUGCUAGUGAAAGAAACAGAAGAGUAAAUUCAGACCUAGUGACCAAUGGAUUAAUCAAUAAGCCCCAACCCCUAGAGAAUCGAGAGCGACAGAAGUCAUCAGACAUCUUGGAGGAACUAAUUGUUCAAGGAAUAAUUCGAAGCCGCAGCAAAGUAUUUAGAAAUGGAGAAUCAUGUGAUGUCAUGGUGAACACAGCUGAGAAGCCGCUGAGAAAGCCACCGGCCAGGCUGAAAAAACUCAAGAUCAAAAAGGAAGUGCAGGAUUUCGCCAUGAAGGACAUCGAGGAGAAGAUGCAGGCCACAGAGGAGCGCCGGAAGACUAAAGAAGACGAAAUAAGAAAAAGGCUACGGAGUGACCGACUUUUGCCCUCAGCGGGUCAUUCGGGUUCAGCCGAGCUGAGCCAGGCUGAGGUUCCGUUUGCCAAAGGACUUCAGAUGGUGAGUUCUGCUGGGUUUGAAUCCUCGGACCUGCAGGGAGGAAGGCCACUGAAGAGGAAGAACAGUACAGGUGAUGCAAGUUCGACUGAUGGAAACUACAAUUAUGAAAGCAUUGUGGUUGUGGAGUCAGACAUGUCUUACAACCAAGCAGAUGACAUAUUCUAAUAAGCCAUUUUUUGUGAAUUUCAUAAGAAGGGAUCCGUUCUCCCCGGUUGUGACAUUGUUAGUAUGUGUCAUGUUCUCUGACUGCCUGACCUCACUCUAUUGGGAUUUGGAAUGAUUGUGUGAGCUGAAGGUUAGUUGAGUAAAUUAGAUGGUCAUGUCAUGCUAGCUAAAUAAAAGGGAGGGAGAUUUGACCAGCUUAGAUGUUAUGAGAUUGGUAUUCUUCUUCAUGUGUUUUACAUAUUGUGAAGGUGUCUUUAUUUUAUGAGUAUCUUCAGCGUACAUUAAUACGUUUGUGCCAAAUGAAAUCCUUCCUUUUUACUCCAGCCUCUGUUGGUCCUUUAAGACAAAUUGCAUGGAUUUGUACUAAACAUAUUCACGAUCUAUAUGCUUCUUAUGCUGUAUAGCUAGAGUUGUUUUUUUUUUAAUUUUCUUUGUGUUACAAAGAAAUAAAGCAGUAUCUUCAAGUCAGUUGAAUUAACCAGUUUCAUCCAUAUAGUUUAAGUAAGCAAUAUCCAGUUCUCAGAAUUAGGUAAAGUAUGGAGUUUUGGUCACGUGAAAACAGAAAAACUUCAAUUGGAGCUGGGGGCGGGAGGAAGUUGGGGAGACAGGGGAUACACCGAGGGUGAGGCCUGCUGCCAGUGUCUGUCUUCCCUGCAGGCAUCUGAGCUGAGGAGUUUGCUGGCCCUCAUCUUAUUGGAAUUACUGGAAUUAUGCCUUGAUUCUUCCUCCCUCACCACCCACAUUCAAUGGGUUGUCAGGUGUCAUGGGUUUACAUUCUAAAGGUUUCUUGCAUCCAUCUUCAUACUUUUCUUCUGUUACUACCUAGUUUAGACCACCCCACCAGCAUUCAGCUGGGUUACUGUAACAGUUUCCUCGAUCUUCAUACAGUAGUCAUCUGUUGAAACCCCUCACUUGCCCCCUUUUAUUGUCAAGAUCAAGUCCAGACUCCUCGGUAAGGGUCUCAGCUUUCACAGUUCACCCAAACUGAACCUAUUCCGGUUCCUCAGACUCAGCACAGUCUCCCUAGCCUCUGGGUCUUUGCACAGGCUGUUCCCUCCUUCCCCUCUCCCCAUCUUACUCCCUGAUUUGAAGAAUGUCUUCUUGUUUUUCAUGUCUCAACUCAGAUGUCACUUCCUCUAAGGCCCCCCCCCCCGGUUCAGGUUGGUUUCCCUCUCUCAGUGUCACCUUUUGGCAGCCUGGACUGCUCACCUUUGCAUGUCCCACCCUGUGUAGGAGUUACCUGAUAGGUUUCCAUCUUUACUGUUGGAUAUUUUCAGUUUCCAAAGGGCAAAGGAGUGGGUCUGCUGGGAUCCUGGUUGCAUUUUUUGUACCUCUGCAAGUGAAAUGCACAUAAUAAGUGCUGUGUGAAUAUUGCUUUAGUGGAUGCAUGGCUAUGCCUGUAUAUCCUACAGAAGCAGGAGGACAACCCCAGGAGAUGGUUUGUUUUCCUGGGAACCAGUGGCUGAGGGAAGAGCUGAUUUGACUUGGGGGACACUCAGCAUCUCCUGUUUAUACAUUCCCUUUGCACAUGGACAGCUUGUGUUCCCAUAGCCUGUAGGACUUCAGACUCUUACCAGCCAAUAAGGUAUGAUGAUGGAGAUGGAGGGAGUAGAGGUCUCUUCAAAAUUCAUUGCAGAACCAUAUUUUAGAGUCAGAAUCUACUUCUAACAGUGUGGCCUUGGAAAGGCAUGUAGGCUCUCUGUGUCUCAACCACUUUAUGUCUUAAUUUGGAAUAGCCACCAUCACAGCGUUGUAGCAAAUGAAAUAAUGUGUUUAAAAUACUGCAUAGAUUAGACUAUGCCACAAUAUUUAUAGCAUAUUAGUUAUAUAAAAUCCAAUGUAAGCAACAUGAUGUUUUUCAUCCAUCCCAAGGUUUUUCUAUGGAAGUGUUCCCUUGGUGACAUAUGCCAAUAUUAUAAAAUAUUAGAGUAGCUAGAAUAAUUGUACAAGGACGCUUUAGAAAAAGAUUUGGGUAUCAUUCAUCUCUCUACAAAUAAUAAAAUUUAAAUGACCACAAAAUACUUUCAACACAUGUUUAUAUUAUGAAUUAAAUUCCCAAAUCUGAUCAAUACUGGCAUAAUACUUUCUCUUGAAAUCUUAUGCUCUUUCCUGUGUUAUUUAUAGGGGCUUGGAUGACAUGUUUGUUGAGUUAAAAUAUAGAUAGUAUAAAUGUGAACAUUAUCAUUGAUACCUUGGCUUAAAAACCUCUCUACGUAUAUACAGUUAAAUAUGAAAAAGAUUAACACAUCCUAAAUGAUAAUCUGUGUAUUUUCUUAGCGAUACCACCCACAUUAAUAGGAUGGGAAGAGAAAUGAUUAGAAUGUAGGGCACCUGGAUGGCUAAAGUUCUAGGAACAUUACUGCUCACAAAAACCAUCUCAGGGUUUGGGGCUGAGGAACCAGAGACUCAGAGACUCUGAGCAACUUCCUACUGUCACAGAGCCACCACCAUCAACCAGGGACAAAGCUUGUAUUUGAAUCCUGCUCUGCCUCCAAAGGGCUAUUAACUCCAUCCCUGGAACGUUUUUUAAAAACUUCAAAUAGAAAUGUGACUUUUCCCAUGAUCAUCUCUCUUUCUUCUUUUCUUUCUCUUUAAAGGAUGAUUUGUACUAACGAGUAAUCACAAAGAAAAAUUGAGAUUUCUAAAAUAUAGCUUCUGGGAUAAUGUUAAUUUUAUGUAUUGAAAUAGCAUAAUUGUUUUUCUCAUUCUUAAAGCACAGAAUUUUGAGCAACCACUAGGGUAUUUCAACUACAAUCAAACCACAACCUUCAGGAAGAUAUGGGCCAGGGAACACAUGAUUAGAUAAGUGUCUCUAUAAUCAUCUUACUUGGUGGCCAACUGACUAAUGCCUGUGCAGUUAUUUUUUUGUGAAAAAUGACCUUGCUGUAUCUAAUAGAAAUUACUUUGAUAUUUAAUGAUACUCUAAUUUUAGGGGGAAAAAAACCUCAUGGAUGAUUCAUAUUUAAGGUAAUAUAUUUUAAAGAAUAUAUAAGAAGUGUAUUUUAAAAUCUUUCAGAUAUAUUUAAAAUAACACAUGUUGUAAGAUACUUAUGUUUGUAAAAGUAAUUUUGUAAUCACAGGGACAAAAAUAGAAUUUAUCACAGGGGGUUGCCAUAGUGACUACCAGUAAUUUAUGACUGUGUCUAUUUCUGUGUUUGUUAUUCCAUUAUCAGUAAAUAGUUAGUAUUUGAAGAAGUAAUUAUACAGCAAAUACUGCAUUCUAAAGAUACGUAAUGCUAAUCUGUGUACGGGAAACCUUCAUAUAGGGCAUAGUGGAGCCUAUGUCUCAGACAGGUCAAAAAAGGGCACUAUUUUAAAAUGAACUAUGGGAAAUAACAGUUAUGUUCUCUCUGUGUCACUUGCGUUUGUCUUUUAAUUACAUGAGUAAUGUAAGAAGCAAAAAGCACCAGGAAUCCAAUACUUUCCCCUCCCCUUAAAAUAACUGCUGGCAACAUUUUGUUAUAUGUACUUCAAUACUUUUUUCUUACAAAAAUGGACUCAUCCCAUAUAAGCUAUCUUUUGCCUUGCUUUUUUCUCUCCGCAGUACAAUAUCUUUCCAUGUAAAUAAAUCUGCUUCCAUAGUAUUGAUCUUCAUGAUGUAACAUUGUUUAGUUUCCCUAUUGUGUGUCUAAGAGUUCCCUUAGAUAAAGAUGCCAAAGCAUGUGUUUCCGUUUCUGUUUUGAGAAUGUUGAUAAGUAAGUAUAAUUGAACAUUUCCCCGUUGAAGCAGAGCAAUCUAAACACCUUAAAGAGCAGAAGCUGCGAUGCUUGCUUUGCAUACCACUUUCCAUUGCUCUUAUUCUUGGUCACUACUUUUUGAUGAAAGACUUCGAGUGCAAACCAACAAUGAAGGUUGGAUGCAACCAGUUUUGAAAAUCCACCUCCAGUCUCUUCUCUUGUUCAGGAAGUUGAAUUCAUCUUAUGACAGUUUUGAUUCAGCACACGGAGAUCUCAAGCAUGCUUCAAAAGUUCACGUGAUAGAAAGAAAAAAAAAGUGACUAUUAUAUCCUUAUAUCCGAGUUGGUUUUUCAUUGAUAAGGAAUAAAAAAACUAGCCAUGUAUGCAAAGUGUUACUGGCAGAAAAGUAUUUCCAGGUAAGGGUCUGAAACCUUUUCUCUUGUAUUUAGAAACAAGAAAUUAUUUAUGAAAUCAAGUGAUCAGCUAUUUUAAGCACAAAAUGCAAUCAUCCUAGUAGUUUCUAGUAAUUAAUACAUAAAUUUCCUCUCUAUGCUAAUAGAAUUCAAUCCCUAACCCAAAGACAAUGUAUCCUGGAAAAAUGUAUAUGACAAAAAUUCAUGCCUUCUCUUUCUUAAUUUGAAAUAAACAGCAGUGCUCACUUGUUAAAUGGGAGAAAGACUGUACCGAGGAUUAGCACGUAACCAACCUCCGUUUACCAGCUUGCUGGAUUGGCCUAUGCCAAUAGUUCCCAGAGUGUGAUCCCUAACUAGCAGCAUCCGCGUCACCUGGGAAUGUGUUAUAAAUGCACAUUCUCAGAUCCCACCCUAGACCUUCUACACCAGGUCGUGGGCCCGGCGAUCUGGGUUUUAACAAGCCCUCCAGGUGAUUUUAAUGCAUACACAUUUGCUCUGUGCUUGCUGUUCAUGCUGUAAACACACUGAGCAAUGCCCACAAUAUGACGCACGUUCCAGACAAAAGGCAUCUUUCCAGCAUGCCCAAGAGUCCCUGCCCCCAAGAGUCAAGUUCAACAUUCACUGAGCCACCUAUGUUUAUCCUAAGAGUUCUCAGUGCUAUUUGUGCUGGUUAUUAUAUUUAAUUUUGUAUAACUUUUUUAAAAAAUGUGGUGGGAAAAGGAAUAGAUAAGUCUGUAAAAAACAAAUCUUUGAAGGAUUCUACACUCACAUCGUUUUGUAAAUGUCCAAAUUUCACCCUCUGAUUUAAGGGGACUAAAACUGUAAUUACAGAUAAUACAUUAUGGGGGUGAUUUAUGCAAGAAUUUUAAUCAUGCAUGGAUGUUACAUCAAAGUAUUUUCAAGUGACAGUAUAUGUAAAUGAUUUAAGUUAAAAUAAA